UGAUAUUCAUAUGUAGUCUUUUGUAUCAUUCAAUACUUGGAGUGUUCCCUAAACAGUGAAAAGCAGUUAAUUUCUCUUUUCUUUCCUUUUUCUCUUGGUUUUCAGGGUAUUCAAGAAGACCAGCGGCAACGGACAUGUAAGUAGCCUCUAUAAUAUGCUCAUUACAGGGUAACUUGGUUAUAGGGAGGAGUGCAGUUUCUAUGUAGCCUUUCCAAAUCCCAAAAUAACCUCUAAAUUUUGUAACUUUGGCAGAGGAGUGACUGUUUUCUUCACCGCUUUCCUCUGUUUCUCUCAGAUUGCCCUGUACUUGGGCAAAAGAGACUUUGUGGACCAUGUGGAUCAUGUGGAUGUAGUCGGUGUGUAGAACACAGUAUGCUUAUAUAUCCUCAAAUUUGCUCAUGCACAAUAAAUGUGUCUCUUUUAAUCUUGUGCUUUUGGUUUGUUUACCACUCACAGAUGGCGUUAUUAAAGUGGACCCUUCUGGUCUUAAUGGCAGAAAAGGUAUUUCUACUCAUGUGACUGCAAGAGAUCAUAGCAAUGUGAUAUAAUCUGAGGCAAAAACCAUCAAUGAAUAUUCUCUUUUUCAGUAUAUGUCUACCUGGCUUGUGCCUUCCGCUAUGGAAGCGAUGACUUGGAUGUUAUCGGACUGUCCUUCAGAAGAGACAUCUGGAUCAGGCGUGUUCAGGUGUAUCCACCAACAGAAGCAAAUGUAGCCAAAACACCAAUGCAGGAAUCCCUCAUGAAGAAAGUAGGGGAGCAAGGAUGUCCCUUUUCUUUCCAGGUGAAGGAGACACAACUUAGAUUCACACAACAUUUAAUCACAUCUGUGUCUUUACUUGAACGUGGUAUUAAUUAUCUUUGGUUGUGCCGUUGUUCUACUUGUUUCAGAUGCCUACAGAUCUGCCAUGCUCAGUCUCACUACAGCCUGGGCCUGGUGAUGCUGGCAAGGUGCUGCUGCGCUACAUUUUUUAAAAAUUUCUAUCAUAUUGUCUUCUAUUCCCAAUUUAACAUUUUUAUUUGUGUUGAUCAUGUUUUGUUGUAGGCUUGUGGCGUGGACUUUGAGGUGAAAGGAUACAUCGCUAACUCACCAGACAAUGCAGAUGAAGUAAUUGAAAAGAAGUACGUGCGUCCAUGACCUGGUUGGCUGCAUCCUCAAACAGAAGCAAAGUGAGGGACAUAAAGAGGACUAACCCUGACUCUUUUCAUGUGUGUUAGGGACACAUGCCGCCUGAUGAUCCGCAAGAUCCAGUUUGCACCAGCCACCAGCAAGGCUGGACCCAGGGCUGAAAUUUCCAGGCAGUUCAUGAUGACUGACAAACCUGUUCACCUGGAGGGAUCUCUCGGCAAGGAGGUACAUCAAAGUGCUGUUUAAAAAUAAUAAAAUACUAUAUCAAUGAAAUUAUUCAAAACAAACUUUUCUUUUUUACAGAUUUACUACCACGGAGAUCCAAUCACUGUCAGUUUGAAAAUCAACAAUGAGACCGCCAAGGUUGUGAAGAAAAUCAAAGUCAGUGGUGAGUACUGAGUAGGAGACUAAACCUUAACUGAAUCUUUAUUCUUAAUUGUUUCUAUUUCUGUAGCUAAAAAGGGGAAAGACAAAACAAGUGUGAAUGAAUGUAUCUGUUUGUGUGCCAUGCCUCUCUGACACACCUGAUUCUUUUUCUUUCAGUUGAGCAGCUAACAAACGUGGUGCUGUAUUCAUCUGACACUUACACUAAGGCCGUCUGCACAGAGGAGUUUGCGUAAGGCUUUUUUCCAUACUUAAUGAGGCUUAAUAUUAAAACCGGGGUCUUUUCCGAUUCAUUCAAUCUAAAAGAGACGCCAUUCUCUGCCACAUCAAAUAUCUGAAAUUCUGUCUUUUACUUGAACUGUAUUUAGCUGAUGUGAGAGAACUUGCUGUUUUGUUAAUCAUCCAAAAAUACUGAUCUAAUUAUUUGUUUUUUACUGGUUUAUACAGAGAGACAGUGAAUGCCAACUCCACAUUUGAGAAGACAUUCCAAAUCACCCCCAUGCUGGCCAACAACAAAGAGAAGCGGGGUCUUGCAGUGGACGGACGGCUAAAAGAUGAGGACACUCACCUAGCGUCCACCACUCUGUGAGUCAUCCUUGGUUUAACAUCAGAGGGUUUACUGGUUUUCAUCCUCUUAUUGGGGAGUGGUGAGACAACUACACACUGUCAUCUACUUACGGUGACUUAGUCCAAAUCCGCCGGGCCUGAACGCUGAACUAUUCCUGUCUCCUCACAGGAGUCAAGGAGAAAAGGAGAUGCAGGGAAUCCUUGUGUCUUAUAAAGUCAAGAUCAAUCUGAUGGUGUCCAGUGGAGGGUAAGGCUUCAAUGAACUGCAAAUAUACAUUCACAAUACUUCAUUUGUAUACAAUUCAGCAGACUAAAAUUGUCUUUAUUUGCAGCCUCCUGGGUGGCCUGACCGGAAGGUAAAUACAACUUUUCUUACCUUAAUGCUUGCAAAACAUUUAUAAAACACGAGUUGCUUUACUAUAUGAUUCUAAUACUGAUAUUUUCUGUAGUGAUGUGACUUUGGAGCUUCCUCUGACUCUGAUGUCCCCCAAACCCGCAGGUGAGUGUGGUUAAUUUUUCUUAAAUCUUCUAUCCAGGCUUCGUCUAGGACAUUUUACAACAACAAAAUAGUUAUAAAUGACUGAACUGUUCCUUUAACUCUCCUUUUAUCCUAUUGUUGCAUGCUACUGUGGUGUUCUGAGCAGAAGUGUGAGUAUAAAAGAGUUCCUGUGAUAAACAUGUGUUUGCCUGUGACUUGAUGUUUGUGACAUGCUGCUGAUAUUUUUCUCCUAUGUGUUUGUGUUUUAUAAAUUACAGCCAAUUGGAUUAAAAGUCUCUUUAGUUCAGGUGAGGUCCUAUUCGAUUCAGUACAUUUCAGUGUUUUUCAAGGGCUAACUAUGGACUAAAUACCUACAGUAUGUGACAGUAUUGUUAGUUUUACUGGGAGGCAUGGAUCAACACUGUAAUCAAAGGAUGAACGAUACAUGUCAAACCUUCACUUAAUAAGGUUAUAUUGUGUAGUUUUCUGAUGGAGGCACUCGUGUAAUGGCCCUUGAGUGAGUGUUUUGUUUUCAUCGGACAACAGUGCUACAUUUUUCAAAUCCUCCAGCAGCCUCUGUAGCCAACCUCAGGGUGGAAAGCUUGCAUAUUGUUCAGAUAUCGUUUAUCACAGGGAAUUUUCUAUAAUUCCAUUCAAUCUUGAUUUAAAAGCAAGCAAAAUGCUCAUAGAAAUUCCAAAUCUGCGUACCCAGUUAGGUACCAACAGCUUGCUCAUAACAGAUUAUGAAGUCAUUUAAAUACUUCAUAUCUAAUGUCUGUACCUCUUGUAAACUAGCCAACAACAGAAAAAAAUGUCUGUCUUGUAGAUAUGGCCCACAUGCCAUCUGUGUUGAUUUGGAAUAAUAAGCUACCAUUUACCUUAUCACUACUACUGUAUGCAUUGGGCCAUUUCAAUUACAUGCAAAGUAGGUAGAGUGUACAUUGUCAAAGUCACAUGUUACCAAUCCAAGCUCUGGCUGUGUGUAAAUACCUUGGAGUAUAGUUGGAAUCAGUUCGUUUUCUUUCCAUUACAUGCCAACAGGACAGACAUUACAAUUGAUACCAUGGACGGUUGACACAGUGGGAGAAAAUCGCCUCUCUGGAAGAAAACACAGAACAGAAAGGAACUCAACAUUAAUGAAGAGCAGAGAGUUGUCAUGUCACAAUGUUCUCAUUUCCCUUAUACAAAUACAUCUUUAUUAAGCAUUCCUAUGAAAGCUCUCUCAAUGAAAAAGAGUUUGAACCCAGAAUACUGUCUUAGCAACGAAUAAAGCUGUAUGGUACAUUUUUUUUUUAGACAAUGUCCUUUAGUGAAGAGGGUAGUUUUUUUUUCUUAUAAUGUACUUUAAACCUUAAAGUGGGCAUUAUCUUUAUUGCUGUGUCAUUAGUUUCCUGAUGUAUUGUGGCAGAUUGUACAGCUGUGGGAGGAAUAUCCUCCAAAAUUUCUCUUGUUUAAGUAUGUACUCUUGAUUGUCAUGAAAGUGAAUAAACAUGGUUUCCCCUG